CAUUCGACCGUUCUCGCUAGGCACGAAAGUGCUAUAGAUUAUCAAGUAUUAUCGACGAUGCUUUUAUCAGGAGUUUCCUCGAACGAGCACGUCGAUAAGAUAAAUUUGGUGCGCGCGGGACAUGUCGUCUUUUAGCGUGUAGGUGAGAGCAAACGGCAGUAAAUGGAUAAACGCAAAUCGAGAGAUCGUUAGAUGGCAACCACCAGAGGCAACAUGCAGGCGGACGACAAGUACACUCCGCAGCAGGAACAGUGGAACAUUUCAACACCGGACGGAUCGCAACGGAGCGUGCCGGACGGAUGGUCGUUCAGGAAGGCAAAUAAUAUUUCAAGGGAUAUGGUGGAUGCCAUGAAAAAUGUGAAAAUCGGAAAUCUCAAUCCGGACAACGAUGAAUACAAUAUGAAGCAUAAAAGAAGAGGAGUAGCGAUUAUAUUGAACCACGUGCACUUCCAGAACAUGGGAACGCGAGAGGGCUCCGAAAAGGACACCUUGGACCUCAAAACAUCAUUAGACAAACUCGGGUUCGACGUUCAAGUUUACACCGAUCCGACGUUCAAAACAAUAACCAAGGUUUUACAGUCGACCGCUGCGGAAGACCACACGGAUGCCGACUGCCUGAUCGUGGUCGCAAUGUCACACGGCGAAUCGGGUCUAUUGCAUUCGGCCGACAGCAUGUAUCCAGUCGAUGCGCUAUGGAUUCCCUUCACGGGCGAUCAAUGCCUCAGCUUAGCCGGAAAACCAAAGCUGUUCUUCAUUCAGGCAUGUCGCGGGACGCAAUUGGACAAUGGAGUGACAUUUUUUCAUCAGACAGAUAGUAUAAAGAGUAAUACACUCAAAUACAGUAUACCCGCCUAUGCAGACAUCUUGGUCGCGUACUCUACUUACGACGGUUUUUUCUCGUGGCGCAAUCCGGACAGCGGCUCCUGGUUCAUACAAGCACUCUGCGAAGAGCUGGACCUUCACGGACGUAGCCGCGAUCUACUCACCAUAAUGACCUUCGUUAAUCGCCGUGUCGCCAUCGAGUAUCAAUCCUAUGUGCCACAAAACGAGAAAUUUCACGCGAAAAAGCAGAUCCCGUCGAUUGUUUCGAUGUUGACUCGCCUUGUGUACUUUCCCGACAAACACACAUCAAUACCGAACAAUAUUGACGAUGGAUCAAAGGGAAAGAAAACCGAGGUUUAUAAAAGAGAUGCAAAAAAUUUGCUCCUGAAGGAAUUUUUGAACAAUCCUCAAACAAAACCGACUUAAUUUCAGUCAAAUUGUUUUGAUGUAUCCAAACAGUGAUUAUUGAUCGACACAACUCAUCGAACACAUUUGUUACGAUUGAGUUUCGUUGUCCCAUAAAGAAUUUAAGAAUUUAAUAUGUGAAAAGAAGAAAAAAGAACAAAAAUAGAUUGUUUAUACCUACACAGAAAGAACAUCUACAAAGAAAGAAAAUUUUGCUAAAAUAUAAAGUAAUGCCUGACAUGCUAUUUGGUUU